AUGACCUGCCAAGAAAACAGUAAUCUUACGGAAACGACAUUUCUAUCUAACCGGACUAACCAAUCAGGACUACAUGUCCGGGGCCCGGUGUCUUUCUCUAAUCCUUCAGGGAAGAAUGCCAGUUCUGCAGAAGAUCAUAAAGAGUUGUUGUCAUUAGAGUGUAACGCAAUCUUGUUGAAUAUUUUACUAUUUAUUGGCCUUCUUACACGUAUCAUGUAUUUCUCUUUAUUUUGCCUACUUAUAUUCCCAGAGUGUAACACCGCCAACUGGAACCAGAUAAAGCAAUUCCAUGCCGGCAAAAAGGUCGCGAUUUAUGGUCCAGUAGAACCAAAAUGUUGCCCCCACAACCAGAAAAUGUCGUCUCUGUAA